AUGCACCAGUUCAAUUGGACUGACUGGACUGUUAAGGAGGCUAGCAAUAACAUGCACUUCAAAGGGCACAAGUGGGACGCCCGAAGGGCCAGGGACGCCGAGUACAAAAGCAUAAUCAAUCGCCUGCUAAAGUUGGUUGGAGGUUCGAUUGGCUACAGAAGGAAAGAAGCCAACAAGGUCAUGAUUGCGAUUGGUCUUGGGCAGUUUUCCAGUGGAGCGAGGCUUUCCUCGCUGCAUGAGUCGUUCAUGUCGUACUUCGUCCAAAAAAUAGUUGAAUCUUUGAUAAGAGUCCGGCCCACCAUUGCGAGAUAUCGGUCGGGAGUUCCGAGCAUAGGAAACUGCCGAAGUUCAACUGGUGUUUCCCUCUUGUGCUGAAUGUUAGCGUUGGCGAUCGUGGUCAAUCUGUGCACCUGAAAGAGAGCAUAAAAUACGUCUCCAUGCAGCUCAAGUUGAUUCAGUUGAG